AUGAUAUUAAUUUUCUUUUGUCUUUCUCUCUUUCUUUCGUCUCUCUCUCUUUCUUUCGUUUCUCUCUCUCUCUUUCUUUCGUUUCUCUCUCUCUCUUUCUUUCGUUUCUCUCUCUUUCUUUCGUUUCUCUCUUUCUUUCUUUCGUUUCUCUCUUUCUUUCUUUCGUUUCUCUCUCUCUUUCGUCUCUCUCUCUCUCUCUCUUUCGUCUCUCUCUCUCUCUUUCUUUCGUCUCUCUCUCUCUCUUUCUUUCGCUCUCUCUCUCUCUCUUUCGUCUCUCUCUCUUUCUUUCGUCUCUCUCUAGCAAUCAACAGAACUAGUGACAUUAUUUUUGUCAGUAAAACUUCCACUUCUAUUAUUACAACUGGUAGUAAAAGACCUGUUUUGAAAUGGAUUUCCUUUCUUUUCUGCUCGCAACAACCACCUCUUUCCUUUAGUUUAGCUCCACCCUACUUGGCAGGUUGGCAAUCUAUCCACUCAUCUGUCAGAUAUCGGAGAGGUAGUCUCGCUCAAUAUUGGAUUGUCUUUUAA